CUUUUGGUAUGAGCAGUUGAACACACUGGCGAUUCACAAUUCAGAGACCGAGUCCACGAGUCGAGAGGCGAUUCAAAGCAAAGCUCUCGAACCUCUGGAGUGAAGUAAAGAUGGCGAAGAAAGCAAGGAAAUCGCAGUCAUCUUCAACUUCCUCAGCCUCCAAUCAGUAUAAUCUUCUAUUACUUUCUUCUCAUGAUUUUGUUUUAUUUAACCAAACGGCAUGUUACUUUGAAAUAUUCUGCACCAGAAUGGUAUUGAGAAGACGGCAGAGAGUAGUUAGCGGAGAGAAAGAGAGGAGCGCCAGCUCGGCAAGGAAGCUUUCAGUGAAGCAUAAGAAGAAAUAUGAUAAAUUUGAGGCCAAGAAGCCUAAGAAACCCCCUACUGCUUUCUUCUACUUUUUGGAGGAUUUUCGUAAAGAGUAUCAAGAGCAGAACCCAAAUGUCAAGUCAAUGCGUGAUAUUGGCAAGGCAUGUGGAGAGAAGUGGAAAACAAUGACUUAUGAGGAAAAAGUUCAAUAUUAUGAUAUAGCCACUGAGAAACGAGCAGAGUUUGACAGAGCCAUGGCGGAUUAUAUCAAAAGAAAGGAAAGUGGUGAAGGUCAAGAAACUGAAGAUGACUCUGAGUUUGAUGAGUAUGCUUAAGGAUUGCUGUUGUAAUUGAAGAACAUCAUUCCAAUAGGAGUAGGAGGUACAUGGGCUAUUAGUUGUAAUUGCAUUAUGGGGUCACCAUGGAUUGUCUUUUGCAUUGAUUAUGUUAACGUCUGUAUCAUCAUCAUCUGUAAGUUACCAUUCAUCAGUUGCAUUUAGGUCACUAUGGUGUAAAUAUGACAGUUAAUGUGAUUAGAAUCAAAGUUGUGUUCAUGA